CUCUUCCUCUAUUUGCUUUGAGGAGUCUGCUUAAAUUUCUGCAGUGUACCCCUCAGCGCUUUUAGGGGGUAAAGUGACGCUCCCUGCCACCAUUUCCUGCUGAAACUGGUUCACAGAGAGGAUAUCACACUUUUAGUUGGCUCUCCAUGCCAGAAGCACAAUGGACUGGAUAAUUACUCUGGCACUUUUCUGUUCAGUGCUAAAAGCUGCAGUCGGCUUUAAUGUUGAUUCUGGGUCUUGGACAACUUUGAGUGAAGGUGAUGAAAGUUUUGGCUACCAGGUGGUGCAAAGACAAUCAGAUGUGCUUGUCAGCGCCCCACUACUGGAGUAUCAAGGGAAUAAAAGGGGACGGAUAUAUCGGUGCAACCCAAGAGAGAAGAGAUGUAGCAAAAUUCUUGCUCUAGAGCAAAAAGCUGCUGUCAACAUGUCUCUUGGUUUGGCGAUGGCGAAUGAUCCGUCAACACAAAACACAAUGGUAUGUGGUCCAACUAUUCCCAGAGACUGCACAACUAUCACCAUGUCUAAUGGUUUGUGCUAUGAGAUCGAUCAAUAUGAUACGAUUGGAAAGUCUUAUCCGUCUGCGACUGAAGAGUGUCGAAGCCAAGCUGACAUUGCAUUUCUGCUGGAUGGAUCAGGCAGCGUAUCUACUGAAGAUUUCAACACAAUGAAAGACUUUGUGAAAAAGCUUAUCGAAACAUUCCUGGGAAGAGAUACACAGUUUGCCAUUACCCAGUUUUCCAAUGAUCCACGAACAGAAUAUGACUUUAAUACUUUUAACAAUUCCAACUGGGAAUCACAGAUUGACAAGAUCCGUCAAUUAACUGGAAAAACAUUUACAGCUAAAGCCAUCCAAAAUGUUGUGGAGGAUGUCUUCUCACCACAAAAGGGUUCCAGGUCAAAUGUGAAAAGGAUUUUGAUAGUGAUUACAGAUGGACAGUCAAAUGAUCCCGAACAAUUACCAACAGCAACACAAUUAGCUGAUAAAAAGAAAAUAGCUCGAUUUGUUAUUGGCGUGGGGGACGCAUCCAAAACUGAUGAAGCAAAAGAAGAGCUCAAAACGAUUGCAUCUCAACCUGCUGACAAUUUUGUGUUUGAAGUGGGAAGCUUUGAUGCUCUUGACAGAAUACAGAACAAUUUGCAGGCCAAAAUUUUUUCCAUUGAAGGAUCUCAAGGGACUGGACAGACGCUGAAACAAGAAAUGUCUCAAGAAGGCUUCAGAACAGCUUAUGUGUCUGGGUAUAUUCAGAUGACUAUGGUUGGUGCUAACCAGUGGAAAGGAGGCUACAAGAAAUACUUGCUUAGUAAUGUUUUAAACAACGUCACAUUUGAGCCAUUGUUCAUUGAGCCUGACAGUUACCUUGGUUAUUCCAUGGCUGUUGCUAAAACCAACGAUGGUCCUCUGACAAUUCUUGGUGCUCCAAGAAAUGAACACAAAGGAGUUGUUAUGACAGUUUUCAAAGAACAACCGAGAGAUAAAAUCAGACCCUUUAAACAACAGACUGGUGAAUAUUUUGGGGCUGAGGUUUGUGCCAUGGAUGUGGAUUCUGAUGGUGUGACUGAUCUAAUCCUCAUAUCCUCUCCGAUGUACAAAGACGUUGAUAGAGAAGGACGAGUUUAUGUCUGUGAAUUAAGUCGUUUGGAUAUGCAAUGUCACUUUCAUAAACCAUCAGAAAUAACCACACUAAGAGGUGAUGCGUCUGUCAGAGGGAGGUUUGGGUCGUCUCUUGCUGUUCUGCCUGAUAUAAAUGCAGAUAAAUUCAAUGAUUUGGCCGUUGGAGCUCCUUUGGAGAAUGAUGGCCAAGGCAGCAUCUACAUAUUCCAAGGAGAAGGAGGAAGAAAAAUAAAUCCUACUUACUCACAGAGAAUUGCUGCAUCUGCAGUCCAAUCAGGCCUGAAGUCAUUUGGCAUCUCAAUCAGUCAGUCUUCCUACGAUCAGAGUGGUGAUGGACUUCCUGACUUAGCAGUGGGUUCAAAGGGAAAAGUUGUCCUACUCAGAUCCAGACCAGUUGUAACAGUAACUGCCACUGUGUCGUUCGACCCAGAUCUGAUCCCAACUCAAAACCCAGACUGUUCAAAACCACUGCCAAGCAAGGCUACUGUCUGUUUUAUGAUGAACAAGUUGUCUCACAUGAAUGAAGCUCAAGCACAGGUUAAUUUCACUUUAACAUUGGACGCAAAUCGUAAGAUACCAAACAACCGAGCUGAGAUCAGCCAGGAUGUGAGGCACAAGAGUGGAUCGCUUAAUCUUAUAUUAAAUAAGGAGAAAUGUGAUUAUGCUGUCUUCUUUAUCAAGCCUUGUCCAGAUGAUUCUUUCAAUCCACUCAAUAAUGAGCUCAGAUUCACAUUUGAUGGUUUAGUUUCUGGCUCAAACCCCAGACCAAGCCUUUCUCCAAAGGUUCAAACCACAACCUUGAAUUCUCUUGGCUUUAAGAUCAACUGUGGAGCUGAUAAAGUUUGUGAAGAUAACUUGAAGGUGGAUUUCAACUUCACUACGUAAGAGAGU